UAUUAGUUAUACAAAAGUACACCAACAGUUUUACCUGCUUACGCACGCAUCCCAUACACACGGUGCAAUGAACAAAGGAGUACGCCAAAGAAUGAAUUGUUCAUGCAUACUCGCAUGUUGAUCUGUGUGUUUAACUCAGUCUCGUUCGACGAGAGGGCACCAACAUGAAUUGUUCAGUGCUAUUUUUCUGUCGUGCAUCUGUCUUUUCGGAUAAUGCGUACAAGUAAUCGUCUGUGCAGGUAUCCGUAUCCGAAUAUCCGAAUCAUGAGUCGAGUGAUGACAACGGUGGUCAGCUUGGUCAAGAGUGAACCUAGCUUAAGUUCUACUGCCGAUACCGAUGAUGGCGAUGUAAAUUGUACGAUAAGUAGCUCACUCAUUCAUUCAAUUCUUGUCGGUGCUGAAGCUAUGCCGUAAUAAAGCAGGUGUGCUGUUUAUAAACAGGCAGACAGACACAAAAAUACGUAUAUUGUAUAGGCACUUUGCCUGUUCAUUACUUUUCGCUUGAGAGAGCUUCUCUAAGAAAUUCGCUUCACCGGAAGAUACGUUUGCUGGCUGUUACUAUCCAUAACACAUCGUCAGCAAGUCUGUAGACCACGUUCGUAGGCUGCGCUGCAAAAGCGGGAAUAAACUCUGAAAUACCACCAUCAUACGAUGUCGACAACGGCCCAAGCAUCGAGUACAAAAGAGGUUCUGGAAACGUAAACGUAACAGACAAUAAUAUACAUAUACAAUUCAAUUCAACACACACACACGCACGCACACAUGGAAGCCGUCUACAUUGUUUCCACUCUCUACUUGAUUCAUCCAUCACCCGUUCCUUUACCAUCAGCCAGCAGCCACUAUUUUGUUCGUUUCUCGGCUUGAGAACGAACCAAACCGCUACUGCUGCAGCAGCGUCAUGAUCGUGAUCAGGAUCAUCAUCGUCGUCAUGUUGAUGAACUAACUAGUCAGGCAGAAACACGCAGCCAGCCCAUGAAAGGACCUGAGCUGGUGCUGCCGGUGAUGCUGCUGCUGUCGCUGCUGAGAAUCAACGAAGCAGCCUGUUCAAUUAACGAACGUUGAUAGGCUGGGUACGCGCGUCCUAAUCUAAAGCGCAUUCUGGCCGUCGCUGAUAACAGUCGGCAGAGGGAGCAGGCAUCGAGUAACAACAAGCACAACAACAGCAUCUGCUGAAACUAACCGCAGCAACAACCGCAAGGCCGAGAAAAGAAGCAACAACAAUAUGCCUGCCGCGUUGUUUUCAUCGGAUAUGGAGCGGUCGGGCUCGGCCGGACUUGAGGACCAACGAGCAUUACAAUUGGCGCUCGAACUGUCCAUGCUGGGCUUGCAGCCCACUGGAACGGUCCAUGGGACUGAUCAGACGGGCGCCUCUGAUCUCGGAUUUACCACCGGGGCAACCCCAGAUCAACUGGAAGCCGCCACACGCCAGCCAUUAGCCAACGGCGCCGGUCCUAAAAAAUCCCAAAACACCACUGAGUGCGUGCCUGUUCCCAGCUCCGAACACGUCGCAGAAAUUGUCGGCCGUCAAGGCUGCAAAAUUAAGGCUCUUAGAGCAAAGACAAAUACAUACAUCAAAACGCCGGUUCGAGGCGAGGAACCGGUAUUCGUCGUUACGGGUCGAAAGGAGGAUGUUGCAGCUGCCAAACGUGAAAUUCUCUCUGCCGCCGAACACUUUUCUUCCAUCCGCGCGCAGCGCAAAAGUAACGGUCUUAACGCCAUGGCGCCCGGGCCCAACUCCAAUAUGCCAGGUCAAACAACGAUUGAGGUACGAGUGCCGUAUCGUGUCGUUGGACUGGUUGUUGGACCAAAGGGCGCCACGAUUAAGCGCAUCCAACAACAGACUAAUACGUAUAUUGUGACACCGUCGCGCGAGAAGGAACCUGUCUUUGAGGUGACCGGCUUGCCGGAGAAUGUCGAGACAGCUCGCAAGGAGAUUGAGGCCCAUAUCGCUAUGCGUACCGGGGGAAGUUUGACGACGACCGACCAUGGUUCAAUCGGAUCGUCAGGAGGCGCCACCGAUGAUGAACUGAACGCCGGAGGCCCUUUUGGAGGUACACUUGGAUCACUACGGGGUCACCAUGGAAAUAUGGGAAGCACCGGACAGGGUCUCGGACACUCGCUUGAUGCCCUGGUGUCGGUGCAGGAUCCUGUCUUCGCCCCAUUCGGGUCAGCAUUAAUGCCCCAACGUUCUGACAGCAACGUUUGUGGGGGAGGCAGUGGCGGUGGAAAUUCAGUAGGCAACAAUAGUGCUACGGUGUGUGGAUUUCCGUUCCCCUCAAAGCUCUACCCAAUGUCAAUGUCCAUGUCAUUGUUCGACUCGGUAGCACACGAAGAGGAAUCGCCAUUCGACUCGCUAGGUUCGCCGGUGUGGCCAUCGGAGCUGGCGGGAGGCAACGGAGGCACGGGCGGCCCCCAGCAACACCAUCAUCAACAGCAACAACACGCCCAACAGCAACAAGCGCAUAAUCAUGGUCAUCAUCAUCAUCAUCAUCACCAUCACCAUCAACAGCAGCAUCAUCAACCACAACAGCAGCAGCAGCAGCAUCACCGACUGGCGUCCUCGAUCGGCGGCCACUCGACGAGUCAUUCGUCUGGUGGCAGCCAGUCAUCGAAUGAAGGCUCAUUGGAUUUUUUCCGCUACGGGCCAGUCGGUAGUGGCAGCGGAGGGAGUACGGACCGAGUGUCACCUACUGAUUCUCUUGGAUCAGCAGGACGUGGAACCGGUAACAAGGGACCCUUGGCUGGUAGCGCUGUCGCUCAGGUUGGGGGCGUUGGCGGUUUGAGUGCGGGGGCCAACAAUAUGGGACGUGAGUGCGUGGUUUGCUUCGAGUCUGAGGUGGUGGCCGCUCUUGUACCUUGCGGACACAACCUCUUCUGUCUUGAGUGUGCCAACCGUGUCGUCGCGUCAGCCAAGCCUGAUUGCCCCGUGUGCCACCAGCAUUGCUCACAGGCCGUACGAAUCUACAAUUAGGAUAUGAGCAAAUAAACAGCAGGAAAGUAAACACAAGCGGGCACAGACACCGGCGUGUGGUGCCCGCCUGUUGCCACUGCCACCCCUAUUCCCCCAAGAUAACAAAAUAGCAGCAGAAACAUACGGAAACUUCCCUGUCAGAGCAUGCAGCACCUGCAACAAUAUUGGCAUAGAAAUUAGCACGAGCACGUGGACAGCUGCUUAUCCUUUAUUAUAACAGCUAAGUCAGAUCUCCGCGCUCCGCCGCGCUCGGUGGUCACUCUCUGCUGAAGGAACUUCUCUUCCCGCGGUGAACCAGCGAUGCUGAUGCCGAUGAUCAUGAUGAUGAUGAUGAUGGUGAUGGUGAUGAUGAUGAUGAUGAUGAGUGUAACGAGGGGCUAGCAAAAAGCAACUGUUGACAAAUGUAUACCAGCUAUACCUACAGCCGUCAAAAAGCAAAAAAAUAUUUGAAACGCCUUCGAUGGAGAUCCACCGAUCUAAUAACAUCAUGAGUAAUAGUAGCAUUUGAUUAUAUUUGACUACUGAGCAAAACUGACGCGACGAUAUACGAAUAACGGUGAUACAGAGAGAAAGAUAACUCCGAUUUAUGGAUUUGACAACCUUAUUAUUAUUAUUCUUAUUAUUAUAUUACUGUACAACGGUAAUAACACUAUGACAAUAACAACAAUAUGAUUAUAUUAUAAAUAUGACUGUCGCCGUUAAAUGUCAGAAAAAGAAGUAAGAUACUUAGCAGGCGACUGAUCGACUCGUUAGCGUGAUAUAUAUAUAUAUAACAAUAAGGUGUCACAAUAUUGAUUAAAACAUACGCAUCCAUACAAGAAUAUAGAUACACACAGUCACACAUAUACCCAUCUAUAUAUAUAUAUAUAUAUAUAAGUGAAAGAGGCAGGUGCUGGAGUAAUAAUAAUUAUAAUAAUUCACAAUAAUAUUUUUUCAAAACAUUCUCAUUAAAAAUAUUGAUGGGCACACAGAGAGUACACAGAAGCACGCACACACGCACAUUAACCACACAUGAUAUAUUCAUAUAUAUAUAUAUAUAUAUAUACGAUGAUGCGCAUUACGGUGAAAAUUAAGAGGAAGAUGCGUAAUAAACCGUAACAACAGCGACAUCAAAAACAGAAAGUGUGAUGUAUACGCCAGAGUGAAUACAAACUAAACAUCAUCUGCAAAAACAUACGGCUUAUUGAAUCGAAGGAAAUGUGUAACAAUCGUGUGCAAACAUCUAACUCGCGGUGCGUGUGUAUGUGUACAUGAGUGCGUAUGAAAGAGGACUAUAGAGAAGAGCACUACAGGAUUAAAUUAGCAGUAAAAAGCACGAAGUUUAAAAACGAAGUAGGCACAGAAGACAACGUCUACGGUGUUUAUGCUGAUGAUGAUGAUGAUGAUGAAUAAUUUACGUAAUUGGGAUGCGUGUUCAGUGUUUAAAGGUGACCCAACGGCCGAUACGUAUCGUGAAGAUAGAGCAGCAAAUGGCAAUGAUAACGUUGUGUACUGUUUCGGUCAAGGGGACUCAUGUGGACAUAACAGUAACAACAACAACAGCAGCAGCAGCAGCAGCAGCAGCAGCAGUGUGCCCAGCGUUGUUUGCAAAA